UGGCAAUACUAGCUCCCUAAACCAAACACGCUGUUACGUCUUCUGCUUGGCAAAUUUCUAUUUGUCUCUUUAGGGAUCAGGAAGAUCAGUAAAUGUUUUUUAUUUAGGUUUUGUUCCUUAAAUAAUUUUUUCCCCUUUUCCCUUUUCUCCUUAACCCUCACUUGCCUGUUCUUCUUUCCGAAACACCUCUACCUGUUCUUGUUCUCUCUACCGGUCGGAGAAAACUCUCGGUUGCCGUAGCCCCUCACGUGCAAUUAAGACAGUACCAAUUCUAUUCCAUGGCCUCUAAAAUCGAAAGCGAGAAUUCAACCGAUACUUCUCCAUCAUCGCCAAAGAACAUAUACAAAGAUCCAGAUGAUGGGCAGCAGCGCUUUUUGCUUGAAUUGGAGUUUGUUCAGUGCCUUGCCAAUCCUACCUACAUCCACUAUUUGGCCCAAAAUCGAUACUUUGAGGAUGAAGCAUUCAUUGGAUACUUAAAGUAUCUUCAAUAUUGGCAACGCCCUGAAUAUAUUAAAUUUAUUAUGUAUCCUCAUUGCCUCUAUUUUCUUGAGCUGCUUCAGAAUGCAAAUUUUCGCAAUGCAAUGGCGCAUCCAACCAAUAAGGAACUGGCACACAGACAACAAUUCUACUUCUGGAAGAACUAUAGGAACAAUCGGCUAAAACACAUUUUACCAAGAUCCCUUCCUGAACUUAGCGCCACACCUGCAGCUCCUGCUCCUGCUUCAACCUCAUCUCAGGCACCUGUGUCUGCACUACCACCAGUACCUGCAACAAGUGUUGCUGUGACAGCAACACCUUCUCAAGCUCCUUCUCCAAUGCCAUAUGGUAUGCCCCCUGGCUCUGGUCUUGCAAAAAAUGACAUGAGGAAUCCUACAGUUGAUAAUAGAAGGAAGAGAAAGUGACUGUAUAAUACGACAUGUAAAUUGAUUAUAAAAGCAAUGCAAUGUGGUUGGAUCAGGCAAUCAGUUUAUUUUUCCUUCUUAGUUGAAAGAUUGAAGUGGUGAUAUUGAUCGAACCAAAUUUUUUUGCAAGUUAUUUUUUUUACUGUUAAUGUUAUUAAAUAUUAGUUAAUUUGCACUUGGUUAGUUAAUUUUCACUUGGGCUGAAACAGUUCUGAUUGGAAAUCCGUAUGCAGUUAGUCAAAACUCAUUAUGUUUGAUGCAAAUGACUUGUGAAAUGAUUUUACAAUUGGCAUGUUA